CCUCCACCCUCUCGGGUUGGAUCAUUUUCUCUCUCUCGCUGCUUUCGGCCCUCAUGCUGUCGCCGCGUUUCUCCGCUCUUUAGGAUGUCUGAUGUACCGCCCGGGCCCAGCGUGCUCUCCCCAGCCCCCGCUGACAUCUCUCCCUUCGCUGCCACUCUCAACCACUCGGGAGCCUACGGCCAGCUCCCGGGGCCGCAGCCAGGAGGGGGCGGCGAGCAGGAGGAGGAAGCUGCGGCUCAGGACGGGACAGGCCAUGAACACGGCGAGGAGGGCGGGCCACAGCCGGCGAACAGUGUUGGAAACUACUCGGAGCCGAACCGAGCCAAGAAGGGCGUCCUGCACCUUCACCACCACCAUCACCACCACCACCAGCAGCAGCAGCGACUGCUCAACGGCUGUGUUAUCAUAAACCCUGAGAUCCACUACAAGGCGGAGUGCAAAGGCCGCCUGUCCUGCACCGAGGCCGCCGCUGCCGCCGAGUUUCACCCCGGACUGUCACUGCCCGAAGCUGGCAGGAGGAGAGCCGACGCCAAUUAUUGUGAGGGUCCCAACGUAAACUAUGCGAACCAAAGGACUGCCGAGGCGGCCGGGCCCGACACUCACAACCCCAGGGAUGGACUCGAUCGGAUUGGUAUCAGCACAGAUGAUGAAGAGCAGUACAACCUGGCCGCCUCGAUAGCUGCUUGUAGUUUGCAUCCGCAACAAGAGUCCGACACGAACGACAGGAUACGAUAUGUUGGCUAUGAGUCAGAGUUGCAAAUGCCAGAUAUAAUGAGGUUGAUCACGAAAGAUUUGUCUGAACCUUAUUCCAUAUAUACAUAUAGAUAUUUUAUUCACAACUGGCCGCAGCUUUGUUUUCUGGCUAUGGUUGGAGAUGAGUGUGUGGGUGCCAUUGUCUGUAAGUUGGACAUGCACAAGAAGAUGUUCAGGAGAGGGUACAUAGCUAUGUUAGCUGUGGAUUCCAAAUACAGAAGAAAAUCCAUCGGCACAAACCUGGUGAAGAAAGCAAUUUAUGCUAUGGUAGAAGGCGACUGUGAUGAGGUUGUCCUGGAAACUGAGAUUACAAACAAAUCUGCCCUGAAACUCUAUGAAAAUCUUGGAUUUGUGAGAGACAAAAGGCUGUUCAGAUAUUACUUAAAUGGAGUUGAUGCACUGCGUCUUAAACUGUGGCUACGUUAGAGAACUAUAAAGAACGAGUUCAAGAUGAGUCCUUUUUGCAUGCACUGCAAUUUUAAAGAAUUGCUUUGCAACAGGACUCUUGAUUUCCAUGCAGCUCUUAUCUGUCUGUGUCUCAUUGAGUGUCACAUACAUUUGUUGCACUAUGGCAUGGCGCAGUUGUGCUAAAUAAAAAAGGAAUUUUUUUCUUUAAAAAUUGUCAAAAUAUUCAUGGAUGAAUUGUGAUACCAGAAAGAUGGAGCAGUUGUUCUGAGAUGCAUCAUUUCAGUGAAGUGUGAGGAAAGAAACAAAGUUGCCUGUCAUUUGCAGUAGACGACAUCUCAAAUGACCUGUUGGUGGAAAAUGUUUUGUGGCUUCCAGAAAGCUUGUAUGUUCAGAUUUCUUCAUGGACUGCACCAACAUUUCAAACAGAAAUUUGCCAGAUUAAAUACUGAACUCCUCAAAGGGUGUGGAUUCUGUUAUUCAGAUUUUAUUUUUCAUAUUAAAUUUUCCUGUUAAUAAUUCUUGGUACCUCAGUAAAUGAAGAAAACACAUGUUAGGAGUUUGUAUGUGUUUGUGUGUGUGUCUGUGAGAGAGCAUAACAACAAAAUAACAUUGCGCAGCCAGUGCCUGUAUAGAUAUGCGUAAAUGUCUCAUUCCUAGUUUGAGUGCAUGCAUUUUUUUUCCUCCAGAUAUUUUUGCCACAAUGCGUUUACCUUUAUUCAAACUAUGAUUUUGAUUGGGAGUGACUCCACCUUUUGAUUAGGACUUUUUUCUCCCUCGAGCAAAAGCAAAGCUAUUAAUGCUUUAGGCGAUAUUUGGUAAUUGUCUUAAGAGAAAUUGGACUUUUUCUUUUAUUUUGGAGAAACAUCCAGUAGCUGUUCCUAAAACCCCCUUGUACACAGCUAUAUUUCAUUGAUUCUAUAUAAUGCACCUUUCUGGUUUAAAUAGAGGAAAUUUUUAAAUGGCAGAUUGUAUGUUUGUAUGAUUUUAAUCAAAAAUCUAUUCAAAUUCUUGGAAACUGUGACAGGCUGGAUGUUGAAAAUGAUUGAGACACAUUUUAUUGUCCAAUUAAGUAUGCAAGCAGGUUAGCUAUGGGAUCCUCACCCAUCAGGUGCAUAAGUUAGCUAUUUCUAAAGGAAAUUAAAUUCCAAGUGCAUAUUACCCAAUUUCAGUUCAAUGUCUGUAUGCCUUCUGCAGCUGAGCUCUUCUCUCCUUUGGAGCUAAUGAAUGCUCUCACCCUUGAAUACAUGAGCUACUUGGGACUGUACUGCUUUACAUGGUUCAAAAAUCACUUAAUCUGCCUUAUUUUCUCGAAGGGUGGAUGGCCACUGAACAAUGGAUUUGAUACUUUCAUCAGUUUACAUCAGAUGGAGUUGGGAGCAGAGCACACUUCAUGGAAUAAGUCCUUGAGUUUAUGUAAACCAACAUGAUAACUUUGCCAUAUGGUUUUAUUGGAGUUAAGGGUAGUAAGUGAGAUUGGGCAACUUUUCAAUAUCAAUAAUUAUUUCUGUGUUGAAUGAUUGGACUUCUAUUUAGUCAGUAAAUGUUGCUGAAUUUCACUGCUGCCCCUGCUACUUCUCUCCAAAUGAACAAGACAAAAGCUACAGGAAAGGGUUAAAUGGCAAUUGCAAUGUUUGUAACUUUGUAAGAUGCGGUAAAAUAAAGUGAAAAGUGGUUUUAAGAGUCUGAAA